UAAGAUCGAAAAAAUGGCUAUAUUGCGAUGUGCUGUGCGAACUAGUUAUAGUUUUAGCCAAUUUUCCAGGAAUAGAGCAAAUAUUUCCCUGAUUAAAUCACACAUCCCGCCAGUUAAAUAUCCUAGCUACUUCAUAGCAACACGGGUUCUCUCGACGAGUAAAAUUCUUGAAAGCAGCAAUCAUGAGAAGAAGACACAAAGUCCUCUGGGCACAAAUGUCCUGGGAAAUUUAUUCACAAAGAAGAGUGGGAAGAAAGGAGGCCAGCAUCAUCAGCAAGUGCGGAAUUGUUUUCAUCCUGGUGUUUCAUCAGGUGGUAGAGAAGCUUUCGGUGUGGAAGGACCAGAAAUAACGCCAACGGAAAUGAUUAGAGCCAUGAUGUCCUACAUUUGGCCAAAGGAUGAUGCCUUCAUUAGGAAGAGAGUUGCAAUCUCAUUGGGGCUUCUGGCCGGAGCCAAAUUGCUGAAUGUAGGCGUACCAUUCCUCUUCAAAGGUGCAGUAGAUGCUCUGAAUGUCCUAAAUACGGCCACACCAGCGGAUACUGCACUAACGCUCACGACGUCACUUCUAAUCGGAUAUGGCGUAGCUCGAGCUGGUGCUGCUGGUUUCAAUGAACUUAGAAAUGCUGUCUUUGCCCGAGUGGCUCAGCAUUCCAUUCGUAGAAUUGCCACAAAUGUUUUCCUCCAUCUUCACAAUCUCGAUCUAUCGUUCCAUCUCAAUCGUCAAACUGGUGCCCUUUCUAAAACCAUCGAUCGUGGCUCCCGAGGAAUUAAUUUUGUCCUGUCAGCGAUGGUCUUUAAUAUUGUCCCUACAAUCUUCGAAUUGGCCCUUGUGUCUAGUAUUCUAGGCAUUAAAUGUGGCGCUGCCUUUGCGGCCAUCUCAAUGGGUUGUGUGGGAGUGUACGCCCUCUAUACACUCACAGUCACCCAAUGGCGCACAAAAUUCCGAGUGUUUAUGAAUCAAGCUGAAAAUGAAGCAGGGAAUAAGGCUAUUGACUCCCUUAUCAACUACGAAACCGUCAAGUACUUUAACAAUGAGAAAUUCGAAGCCAAUCGCUACGAUGCUACACUUAAGAAGUAUGAAGAUGCUAGCCUCAAGACGAGUUCAAGUCUGGCCAUGCUCAAUUUCGGUCAGAAUGCCAUUUUCAGUGUAGCUCUGAGUGCUAUAAUGGUUCUGGCGGCCAAAGAAAUUGCAGCUGGAAAUAUGACAGUUGGAGAUCUUGUGAUGGUUAAUGGUCUCUUGUUCCAGCUCUCCAUUCCCCUUGGAUUUCUGGGCAGUGUCUACAGGGAAGUUCGUCAAGCGCUCUUAGACAUGCGAUCUAUGUUCAUGCUAAUGAGUAUCGAUACUAAAAUUGCGAACAAACCACAUGCUCCCUAUCUCUCAGUUGAUCGCAAUAACGCCUCAAUUGAAUUCCGGGACGUGUGCUUUCAAUAUGAGACAGGAAAAAUGGUUUUCGAUAAGCUAAGCUUUGAGAUCCCAACAUCCAAAAAGAUUGCUUUUGUUGGAGGAUCAGGUUCCGGGAAGUCCUCAAUGGUGCGUCUGCUUUUCCGGUUUUUUGAGCCUACAUCCGGUGAUAUCUUCAUUGGGGGCCAGAAUAUCCGGGAUGUGGAUAUCAACAGCCUGAGAAAGGCUAUAGCCAUUGUUCCGCAGGAUUCUGUUCUCUUUCACGAUACCAUUCGUCAUAAUAUCCACUAUGGAAACCUUCGGAAGGAUCAAGCUGAGGUCGAAAAGGCUGCAAAGAUGGCUGAUCUGCAUGAGUCCAUUGUUCAGUGGCCUAAAGGGUAUGAAACCCAAGUGGGAGAGCGUGGUUUGAAGUUAUCUGGAGGAGAGAAACAGCGGGUAGCAAUCGCGAGAGCCAUUCUCAAAAAUGCCCCUAUUCUAGUCUUCGACGAAGCCACAAGUAGCCUGGAUUCCAUAACAGAACAUAAUAUUCUUCAAGCCCUCUCACGAGCUACGGAAGGACGUACUAGCAUCUGUAUCGCCCACCGACUGUCCACAGUUAUGGACGCUGAUGAGAUUUUCGUCCUGGAAAAUGGCAGAGUAGGUGAUCGAGGGACUCACCAUGAACUUCUCCAAAAAGGUGGACUCUAUGCCAAAUUGUGGGAGACACAAAACAUGAAGUAAUUUAUAAAAGAAAAAAAACCGUCUCAAAUAAAGAUUUUAUUUUCUCGUUGAAUAAA